AUGGCAGAAUCGUUCAGCAAAAUAUCCAGCAUGUUGGCUCGUGAUCUCAAUAUUGAGCUCGAGUCAUCAGCAUCAUCGAGGCUCACCGAUAUUCCCAGCGCCAAAAGACCACAAGAAAUUGCUAAGCUCUUAAACUCCAGAAAUGACAACGAAGUUUUACGCGGAAUGAGGUGUGUAAUUUCGCUUUCGUCACGGGGAGAAGACGUAGCGCCUUAUUUUGCGGAUGUGGUGAAGAAUAUCACCUCGUCGGUUGAUAAAAUCAAUGUUUUGGUGAUGUUCUACCUUUCUAGGUAUGCAGAUGUUGAACCUGAAACUGCUCUUUUGUCGAUCAAUUCGAUCCAGAAAUUAUUGAGCCUGAAAAAUAUCCGCUUGCGAUGUACUGCCAUCAAGACUUUAUCCAAUAUUCGCAUCAAUUCUGUGGUACCCAUUCUUCUUCUCAGCAUAAAAAAGGUAGUUUCGGACCCUUCUGCAGCAGUUCGACUGGCAGCGGCAGUAGCUAUCGGUAAUGCCAUGGAGAUAGAAGAUAUAGACAGGCCACAACUAUUUGGAUACUUGGCCAAGCUUCUCAGUGAUGCUGAAACCAGCGUAGUUGAGACAGCCAUAAAGACAUACUACAAGGUGAGAACGCAAGUAUCGAAAAGAUGGGAACCAAUUCAUGGUAAUUUCCGCCGGCUCUGCCGAAUAGUUUCCGAAAUGGAUGAGUGGGGACAGGUGUUUUUGAUUGACAUUUUGACCGACUACUGUCGCAAGUUUCUUCCUAAACCCACAUUAUUGUUUCAAAAUCAGGAAAUAGAGCUUCCUGUUCAUUAUUCUGAUAUUCCAAAUCAAGAGUAUGAAGUGAUUGCGGACAAGGAUCUCGAGCUCUUCCUCACAGCAUUAAAGCCAUUAGUAUACACCCGACAUGAAGUUGUUAUCAUAGCUAUCAGCAGAGCGUUAUUAGCUUUAGCUCCUCCAAAGUACUUCACAGAGUACCAAGUCAACAAGGCAUUGGUCAAUCUCACCUCGGCCAAUAAACUGAGACAACUGAUAGAUUUUGCGUUGAUUACAAUACGUAUAAUCAUCGAUGCUGACAAGCUGGUAUUUCAGCCAUACUAUAAACGAUUCUUCCUAUUUUCAACUGAUUCCACUUCAGUUGCCCAGCACAAGUUGGAAAUACUUUCCAGCUUGAUUAAUGAAGACAACGCAAAGUUCAUCAUUGCGGAAUUGAAGUACACAUCUUUGAACUACAGACCCGAAAUCGCAUAUCAAAGUAUCAAAGCUUUAGGUCGCUGCUCACAACUCUCUCCUGAGUGGACAAGAGCAGUGCUCAAAUGGGCUCUCCAGCAGUUGCACCAUAUGGAUGUCUCGCUUACGAGUGAAUUGCUUACGGUUAUCAGAUUUUUAAUUCAACAAAAACAAGCCAAGGGGGAAGAUCGGCUUGAGAUAACCAAAGCUAUUUACCAUUUAUCGCUCAUAUUGGACGAGGAUAUAGAAUGGGACGAUGACGCCAAGUCCACAGUUAUAUGGAUUAUUGGAGAGUUCACCGGAGCCACGGACAACAUGAUAGGUCCUGAUGUUCUCCGUCGUCUACUCAAGACUUAUAGCUCUGAAUCGGCGCCGGUGAGGUAUCAAAUAUUGGUUUUAGCCGCGAAAGUUUACUCUCAAAAUCAGGAUCACCAAUCCUCAGAUGAAUAUGCAAACCAAGUGAUAUUUCAAAUGGUUCAACAUGUUCUUCACUUGGCCAAAUACGACGACUCAUACGAUACCCGUGACCGAGCACGAAUGUUUAAUGUGUUAUUAUCACCAGACAAUAGCAACAAAGAACUAGCAGCUUUAUUUUUCCAAGUUCCAAAGCCCAUACCUAAAAUGGGGAAGUCUACCGAGGCUAACUCAAUUGAUCCAUAUUUUGAGACUGAUGCCUGGUCUGACCCCGAAAGACUUCCUGCUGCUUCAAUUAGGGAAGAAUUGCCCGUAGUUCAGCCAAAAGUACUGGCAUUUUCAAAUGCUACAGUUUCGCCUCCAGCGGGCAAUUUUUCGGCAAUUUCCUCGCAACAAAGUGCCUCUAGUAAAGUUGCAUCCACGCAGAAAAGAACCUACAAGCUACAAAGUCUAGAUGAAUUUUUUGCCGAGGAAUCCGAGAGUGACGAAAGCAGCGAUAGUGGUAGCAGUGAAGAAAGCGACGAUGAAGAGAUCGAAGAAAGUGAAGAAAGCGAAGAAAGCGAAGCUGAGAGCAGCGAAGAAGCGAACACGAGCGACGACGAGUCUGACACUGGGCUUUUGAAAAAUGAAGUAUAG